AUGGCUCUACCUCUUCAACUGGUCGUACUAGUCGCUUUGGUCCCAGUAAUUAUGGCUAUUCAAUGUUACAAUGGCAAUCAAGGAGUGUAUGUCAGUAACCCAAAGAGUUUGCCAACGGUCGAUUGUGGCGCAGCUAUUAAUACUUGUGCAAAGACGGUCGAUCUGACCGCUCAAAUGGCUUAUCGGACUUGUGGAAGCAGCUAUACCUGCACUUAUGUAAGUGGUACUUUAGAUGCUAUUUAGUACUAAAGCGUGAACUUUUAUACUUUUUUGUUUUGUAAAGAAAGUUUUUGCCGUUUUUUUGUAAAGAAAGUUCUUGCCAGUUUUUGUUUUGUAAAGAAAGUUUUUGCAAUUAUAUAUUUUGUAAACAAAGUUCUUGCCCUUUCUUGUUCUGUAAACAAAGUUCUUGCCAUUUCUCGUUCUGUAAACAAAGUUCUUGUCAUUUUUUACUAUAUUUCUCAAAACUGCCAUCCCUUUUUACACCUCCAAUGUUAUUGUAGGUGAACGGCACAUCCUCUCCUCGUGGCUUCUGUUACAACGUCUCCACCGCCCAAACACAAUGUUGUUGCUAUGGCAAUUUGUGUAACGCCGCAACGAGAACAUCUUUCAACGUGCUGUACAUUAUCCUACCGUUACUAGCCGUGCUCGCCUUUCAAACACAAAAACUCGUGCUGUGA